UAAUUUUACCUUACCCAAUUAACAAAGUUUACUUCCGGUUUACAAAUGGCUUCCUUAGCGACAGGUGCUCAGGUGAAAUAAAUAAAUUGGAAAAUUGAAAGAAAAGGAUUUUCGCUAGUAUUUUGACAAAACUGUAAAAAAUAAAAAUGGCAUCUACAGUGAUAGAGCCACGGGGAAUACCCACAAUAUUUGGGGAAGUCCUUGAGAAAAAUGUCACGUUUUGCAUUGACACAUCAGGCAGUAUGUACAAGGGAAUAGAAAUGGUAAAGGAACAUUUGAUUGAAACACUACAGAAAAUGGGAAAUUCUGGAAAACCAUACAUGUUCAAUAUCAUUGAAUUUAAUUCAGAAGUAACUCAGUGGUCUGACAAACUAGUAACAUGUACACCACAAACUGUUAGUGUUGCAAAGGAAUGGAUUAACAAACUUCAGGCUAAAACUGGUACAAAUACAAAAGAGGCUUUGCUCACAGCUCUUAACGACCCACUUUGUAAUGCUGUUUAUCUGGUAACAGAUGGGCUUCCUGACCAUCAUCCAGCUGACAUACUUGAACAUGUUGCCAGCAUCGGGGAUUAUCGACCAAUUCACUGCGUGUAUCUGUCAACUGAAGAAACCACAGAAUCAGCUGCAAUUGAAUUCCUUGAGGACUUAGCAAUUGAAUCAUUUGGCUCAUUUCAUAUUGUUGCAUUAACCACCCAUGGAUGUGUUGAAAGAAUUACACCUAUUUACCGAUCUGAACAUGCUAGUGAAAGAAUUAUACGCACCAUAAAUGGAACUGUUAGACCAAACUUACAGAAAUGUAGUGUUGCAACAACCCUUCAAGUUGAUCCAGAAGAGAGUGUUUCACUUGCACCUAGAGCUAUGUAUGGAAGAGUACCACCUUUUUAUGGACCACCCUGGGGUCCAUAUUGGAGUGAUUGGCUAAGUACGCCCUACAGAUACUACUAUCCCUAUGCCUGGAGUCGUUAUAGACCAGCCCGAGGUUGGCUGAAGUCGCAAGAACAGAUGGUUGAGAGUAUAGAAACAUCAGGCCUUUCCCCUGCUGCAGGGUCCCUACUAAUCAACAAAGCUGUUAUUGCACGAAGACUUGACGAUGGCUACUUCUACAAGGCAACUGUAAAAAGCCAGAGCAAAUUUGAUGAAAAAAUACUGUCAGAUAAGUUCCUGGUUGGUUUUGGACCGUGUAAACAUGGCAAGUUUACAGAAACAGCUUACCAAGACACCCAUGUAUUUGAUAUCAUUGACUAUGAGGAUGCUAAACGACACACAAUUCUGACAGGAGAUAAGGUGCUAGCACCCUGGGAGCCUGAGGGGGAGAGAUAUGGCCCAGGAACUGUUUUAGAAGGGCAUGAAAAAAGACAGGCAGAAGACAGAUACAACAUUGCAAUAAGAUUUGGUCCUGACGAUAAACUGAUCACAGUCAGUUUCACGAAUGGUAAGGUGGAGAAGGUCCAGGCCGACACAGCUGUCUGGAUCCCCAAAGAGGUGUAUGAGAGGCUCGCCCUGGAACUGAAGAUGCCGAAAGAUGCUAGGGUAGCUCUUUCCACUGAGGAAAACUACCCACAACAAUCAUUUGAAGGUUACCCCACCUCAGGCCCCGAUGCUACACCUCAAGAAUAUGAACUUGCUGACCCCAUGUUCUUUGAUUAUGAUCCAAUGGUUGUUGAGAGACGAGGACCCUGGAGAUAUCCCUUCCAUCCACCUUACCCUCUUAUCAUGAAGACUGGAUCUGAAGGUCGAAGGUCAAGGACAUCAUCAAGGGAAGUAACAGAACAAGAAAAUGAAAAUGUUGUACCAGGUACAGAUUUAACACAGCAGGAGCUAGAUGAGCGUAUUACAUCACAGCUGAUGGAGCACAAACUUCUUCUUGAUGAGCGAGAAACAGAAAAGGGUACUAAAAAGCAGACAGUAGAAAAGCCUGUUGAAAAAACGAAACCUGCUAUCAGAACUGAAGUGCGCAGGUUGGAGGCAACAGAGGAAGAGAUAGACAGAGAGCUACAAGAACGACUGGCCCAGAGGCGGCGAGAGUUGGAGGAAGAAUGGCGACUGGAACAGGAAGUGAUACAGAGACAGCUGGAAAGAGAACGUCUGUUGAAACGAGAAAAACAAGAAGAAAAUACACUCAGAAAAUCUGUUAGCUUUCAGGAUGAAAAAGUCAGAGAGGAGCUCAAGCUUGAGGAGGUGGAGAGAUCAGCGAUGACAGAGGACAGUGGGAUAAGUUCCGCUAGUUUAACUGGGUCUCGAUCUGAAGAUUUAGAUACGUACUUUAGUGAUCCUGAAGACACAUCUAAAUAUUUACGAGAACAAGCAGUCAAUACAGAUUCUAGUCUGCUGUAUAAACCACGGAGUAAACUCGUCAGUCGCCGACCUCCAUGGAAAAACUAUUGGAGAGUCGAUCCAGCAAUGCCCAUCACAAACAGUUCACAAGGUCCGUUCAGAGAAACUGCCCUGCAAGCUCCACUUGAGGCAAGAAAUCUACGCCAGUCACCAUAUAUAAAUGAAUGGACUAGCCCAGUUUACAAGUUUGUUGACCCUAUGGCUAAACACGACUACACUGACUCUGUGGAGAAGUUGAUGAGAGUACCCUCUGCCCCUCUCACACGUCAGGACAAGGCUAUACCACGCCCAAUUCCACACAGACCAAUGUCUGCCGACACCAAGGAACAGCUGAGGAAAGAUUUUAAACGGAGGAGGGAAGAACAAAGAGAAAAGGCGUGGCAGAUGAGACAGAGAAACAAUGAUAGGAUGUCUGAGCUUAUGCAAGACCAACAUAGGGAUAGAGUAAUGGCACAGAUACAGAGAGAACAGGAUCGUCAAAUAAAAGAGCAGCGACAGAUCGAGAUCUCUCGAGAACAGAAAAAAUACAUCAGUAAGGAACUACGUGAGAAGAUUGAAGCCAAUCAGAAACGAGAGGUAGACAGAGAACAACAGAGAAUAAAAUCAAUGCAGCGUCGCCGGGAACAUCGAGAGGAAGUACAGAGACAACGAGAGAUGCAAAUAGAAGAAACAAAUAAACGUAGAGCUGAGAUCAAGGCACAGAGAUCUCAAGAGCGCUGGGAUAAUGUAACUCGUCGACUCGACCAAGAAGAAGCUGAAAAUGCCCGGCGCAACAUACAACAUCAGGACGCAAAGAUAAACCGAAUUCAACAUUUCCAAAAACUGGAAGAGGAGGGUCAGCAACGGAAAGAUGUUCGUAUAGGAGUCACUGAUAGACAUCUGUCAAUGUUUCAGGCCGUCCCAUUGUGCUAGCUUUUAACAAAUUGACUGAAUGAUCUGUGUUAAACUGAUAUUGCUUACAUGUUUAUUUAUUUUUUAAUGAACAAUAUGUUAAAGAUGAUUCUCAUAGUGAAAUAUUUUUCAAAGAUAAAGAAAUCGCAUUUAAUAUCAAUGUUUAUACCUUAUCGCUAGAGAAAAUAAAUCCCAUUUCAUUUUUCGUUACGGCUGCGUUAAACAAAUACAGGCUCAACUUGAUAACUGUGCCUUGUCAUAUUGAGAAUUUAUUAAGAAAUGUUUUACUGGAUAAAAAGUGAGCUCAAAUAUUUGAGAGAAAAAAUCAUUUUGAAAGGAUCUGUUUGUUUUAAAUAUAUAUUUUUUUAGUUAGCUAAGCUUAGGGCAGAAUUAGCAUGUUUUAAGGGGUAAAGGUGAAAAAUUUCAGGACAUAAUACAAAAGUGAAAGUUUUUGCAGGUCAAAAAGUUACAAAUUGCCAAUUCCAGAUGAUUCACAAGUGAAAACAUUUGCAAGUCGCCAAAAACUGAAGAGACGAUCUAUGUUCAUUUGUCUUUACUUGGUGACACGUCUUGUUGAACGUGGAAAUUUAGGCUGGCUGAUAUUUUCACAAAUUUCUUGAAUUUGCAAAAUUCACAAACAUCUUGUCGCCAACUGUUCCACUUAUACAGUACAUUGUGAGAUAGACCUUUUUUGCUUUAACUCCUUGAUAUUCUAAAAGGGUAAUGGGUGUAACUGUUAGAUUUUAUUUACAGCUUUCUAGAAAUGCUUCCAUUUUAGCCAGAAAUAGCAAGAUAUCUUUUUAUCUAUCAUUUAAUCCUUUUUUUCUUCAAAAUUUAAGCACUAUUUCAAUAUGAUUUUUUGUAUAUCUCCAUUAGAUUAUUGAGACACUAAAUUAUUUUUUCCCUGAAACAAGCACUACAUAAAGUAAAACAACGGACUUUUGAAGGGUUGAACCCUUGUUUUAUUAUCUACCAUGAAAGUACUUUCAUGAAAAGAAAAAAAAAAACACAAAAAUUCCCAUAGUAGUAGUGUUUUGAGAUUAAAUCUGAAUUAACUUGAAUCUAGUUUUCAAUGUUGUACAAUUACCUGUUCUAAAAAUCAAAAAGUAGUUUUAUUGUUUGAAAAUACACUUUAUUUAAUCCAAUACUGUCGUUUGUUACUAUUUUUCUUGUUAAUAUUUGAUAAUCUGUGUGUAAUGCUCAAUUCUGCUAUAAAGACCAAUAUUUUAGUGAAGUUAAGAUAAACUAUAUGUAAAUGUUACAGGAUCAAAAAUGAACCUUGCAAAAAUAUUGGCAUUUAUAGUAUAUAGAUAGAGAGUAGGAGGUGUUUGCUUUGCUCUAGUAUUUUGUCUAGUCGUAGUUCAUGCUUUUUUAUUAUUGCCGAUCAUGUUUUAUAUAUUACAAAAUAUUGCAACCCAGUCAUGUAUGCAACAGUUAUGUAUGCCAGUUUCAUGACCAAUAUUUUGGCAGUAGCUUUAAAGCGUGGAUAUUUUCUUACAAAACUGUUUUCCAAUGCACAAAUGCUGCAAAAUCAUUCAUGUAUGUUGGCAUAAAAUUUAUAGGGUCGUGAAUUCAAGGAUUUCAAAUUUUAAAAGAUAAAAAUAUAUGGGAAUUCUGUUUCGCUGACAGAUGCAACUUAUUUAAAGAUAAAAUAUAUGGAAAUUCUGUUUCAUGGAUAGAUAUUGAAAUCCAUUAAAAGUUGACCCCUCAUGAAUAAUAAUUUCACAUCAAAUAUGGGCAUUAUGGAACAAUGAAGAAACGUUUGUAAUAUAAUGUUAUUGAUAAUGCAGAAAAGGCGUAAAUUGAAACUGGGUUACAAUAUUAACAUUCAUAGAACAUUCCGAAUCAUUGUAUUUGUAUUAUGAUGUUCGUUUACUUCAUUAAUGUGAAUACCUGAACAGAUCUGAGGUGUGUUUGACUGCACAAGUGAUAGGGGUGUAUUUACUUGCAUAAGUGAUAGGUGUGUAUUUACUUGCACAAGUGAUAGGUGACCGUAUUUACUUGCACAAGUGACAGGUGUGUAUUUACCUGCACAAGCAAUUCUCGCACAUUCAGAUAAUACCAGUUUGAACUGCGGGGUUCAAUUUGCUAUAUAGAUCAAUGCAGUGUGCACAUGUUUUUUCUACAGACUUGUUAUAUACCAAUAACACAUAAGGUUGUUUUAAUCGCACUCUGGAUACAAUAAGACAUGUUUAUAUAGUGUGUUCUUAGAUAUUGAAGUAGAUUUUUACAGGUUUGAAGCACGUGUUACAAAAGUGAAACUAUGAUCUUCUAUUGAUAGUAUUUGAAAACACCAAAUAUUUUUUUGAGUGUGCAUAUUUUAUUUUCAUACUUAAAAUAUGUAAUAUAAUUUCAUCUUAGUCUUUCAAGAAAUGAACUGAUGAAAAGUGGAUGGAAGUUUAGUUUCAGUGCUAGCUGUAUUCAGUUUCAUGUCUUUUUCAAUAUUAGGUGCGUUUUUUCUUAUGAAAUAUGCAUGUGUGAAAAUCGUACGAACAGCUGCAUAUUUGGUAGUGCAAGUCAGAUUGUUCAGUUUUUUCUUAAAUGGAUUGUUUAAGCACAAUUUUAGAAAAUUUCAUCUUUUUGUACCUUGAACCAUUUAUACACCACAUUUGUAAAGUUCUGUUUUCCCAUUUGCAUUAAAUCCCAUCAGUUUGUAUAAUAUUUCACCUGUUACAAGAUUAUCUUUAUGUUGUUUUAAUAUUUACAUUUCCUAUGUAUAUUAGGCACUGCCAAAAACUAAUUUUUGCUUAUUGCUUUGAACAAAAAAGCCAAAAAUAAGUCAAUUUGUUUUCCUUUGUUGAUAAAUCUAAAGCAUCGGGAUUAAUUACCUAACUUUGUGGACAUGCCACUGGGAACUGACUCAGUACAAAACCAAUACAAGAUUCACAAGGAGAAUAUUUACCUUAUAAAACCAAAUAUAAAAACUUCUUUACAUUACCAUUGAAUACAUUAUCAUAACAAGAUAAGUUUUAAAAAGAUGGUUAGAGUUGAUGUUUAAGGGAAUUGUUUUUUAUUUAUUUUUCCUAAAUGAACUGCUACAUGCUUGAAUCUGCUAACAUUAUUAAAAUCUCAACAACUCAUGCUGAAUUGUUUUAUGAAUUAAUUGCACUUAUUUCUUUAUAAAAUGUUUAACUGUUACUUGAUCUGAAGUUUUUUUAUCUGUACACUCGUUAGUUAGUUAAAUCAUUACCUCCGACUCAAAUACAGUAAAACACCAGCCGCUCCAGCUCCUCAUGAUUAUGUGCAAAAUGCGCGAGUUAUCAAGGUUUUCGAGUAGUCAAAAACAUAGAAAAUAAACUAAGGAAAUCAGUGAUUUUUCCCCAAGUGAGAUUGUAUUGUCAUACCAGACUGUGAUAAAAGCCAGACCUUUACUCGAAAGAAUCUUUCUGGUUUGUUUUUUUUUUGCUUUAAAUCAUGUUGAUAAAUUACUACACUAUGUUAAGGGAACAAAACCAGUUUAUUUUACAUAAGUUUUGCACAAUGUUACCAUGGUAACAAGAUCUGUGAUAUUUGUUGAUAUACAUGUACAUUUUGUAGUUGUUUGUUAUUUGUUUGUGUAUUCUAAAUGUGAUUUUAGGAUGAAAAAUAUUACUGGAGGGCUUAUUGUUCAAUGAAACUUUAUUGUUAGAGAAUAUCUGCUGUAUAUUGUAAAGAUUUUACCAUUUAAAUAAUCCAGAUCAUCAAGCCGCUGAUAAAUAAACUGUGAUAUGAACCAACAUCUCUGGGAAAAAUAUAUAGUUUAAUAAAAAUCCCUUUCAAAACAUGGCAUAUUAUCAUUUAUUUUAGUUGUACAAAGUUUUCGCAUCGCCUUGUAUAACAUUUGUUUUAUAAUCUAACAAAAUAUUUGACAGAGACAAAGUUUGAACAUAUAAAUAAAUGUAGAAAUUCUUUCUUUGCUCUGAAGUAGGUUUCUUCACUUCUACAUUGUAGCGUAACAUGUUUACGGUGUAUUUAUAGAUGCAAUAAAAACAAACAAAAA